AUGUCCAAUUACGAAAUUUUCACCGAUGAUUAUGUCGCCGACCUCUUGGCAAAGGAUGCGAAAGAGAGAUCAAUCAGAUACUCGUCGAUAGGAAUGAAAGCUUUUGCUUCAUCCAAGCCUGUUAAUAAACCAAAGCCAAAUACACGAUUCUUACGAAACAUUAUAAAAGACACCGACAACCAUAACGCGGCCCUCUUGAUCAAAGAAGCUUCAGAAGCCCGCGAGCGUCUCCGGGGCCUCUCUGGUGGUAGAUAUAAGUCUAAUGAACUACGUGGAAGUGGAGAAGGAGUUUUCCAGAGACACAGACACGACGAGAUUGAUGUUACACCAGUAGGAAGUAAAAAAAUAUGUCAUGAAGACCAGCAAACGCCUAGCAAAAGCCAUAUUUCAAAUGAAUAUAGAGAAUUCAAAAAAAGUAAAAAAUCUCGUAAUUCUGGAAAUGAAACAUCCGUAUUAAGAGAUGAAGAUGAAAAGCCAAGAGUCUCUAGAGAUCGAAGAUUCAGGGGCAUUCUGGAUGUGUUAGAAGAGAGAAAAAAGUCUGAAGAUAAGAGAAAGCGACGUAGGUCUCGAUCAUGCUCUCCAAGAGAAAGUUGUUCAAGACGGCAAGAAAGAUCGCCUUUAAAAAGGACACAUCGACCAGCAGAGAUUGAUUUAACUAAACACAUCGGGCCUAAAAAUCAUCGACAUCAACGUAUAGCAAAUGGAGAGCAAAAAAACUUUUCGGCUCAUGGAAAAAAUUCUGUACCUACCAGUGUCAUUAGCUAUGAUUCAGACCCUCUCGAGGAAAUUAUCGGUCCACUUCCAGCACCGAAGCCCGAGUUACGAACACGUGGACGAGGAACAAUCUCGCGCGCGUCAGGAAUAGACUCGCACUUUUCAACCGUCUACGAUCCCAAAACCGACAUUCACCUCGAUUCUGACGAAGAAAACGACUGGGAUCAGGCCCUAGAAGCAUUACAGGAUAGACAAAAGUUUAAGGAGAAAGGGAUAGAGAGGCUUCGUGCCGCUGGGUUUACAGAGAAGGAAUUAAUGAGGUUAGACCAAGGUGGUGAGAAACGAGAAGAAGAUUUCAAGUGGGCAAUGCCGGGUGAAGAUCGAGAAUGGGAUAGAGGAAAGGUAGUCGAUAGUGAGGGUAUUGUAGGGUUUGAGCCUAAAUUUGGAAGGAUAAAGGACUUCGAUUAG